GUGACUGUCAGUGCUUUAGCUACUUUCUGACGGGCACCUACCAACGGCAGAUGCACUUCUGCAAGACCAUCGUCACGUGAGCAUCGGGGAGGAGAUGGCGAUGUAUAGCACAGGAAGUGUUGGAGAAUUAUCAGGGGGCCAACUGACCAUGGGUAUCAUAGGCUGCUUGCCAGACAACGUCCAGCAGGCCAUCAAAAGCUUCUCAAUUCGAGACGGCAGGCAGCACAUCACAUUAGCAUUCCCCAUUAUGGAGGAACUGGUAAAGAAGUUCGCUGAGCCCCCGGGAGGCAUUAUGGCACAUGAGGGCCCCGUCACGGGCGGUCGCUUUCUGUCCAUCACACCUGCAUUAUUGUUUGAUCGCUGCCCGGAGGUCAUACAUGGGUUUGAGACACUUGUAACAUUGGUUCCCACCACGCUCAGUGCGUCACACCCGGUGGGUCUCCUGACAAUCAACCAAAAGGGCACAGUCGAAGGUGUGAAGCGUCACCUGGAGAGCCUAGUGUCCUUAUUGGCGGCCAACCGGACGGCACACACUCUGUGGCAUAUGCCGCUAGUUGCCAGCGACUUGAGCGGUACAGUUCUGGACCAGGUGUUGGACACUUGCAGCAAGAGAGUCUUAGAAGUACACGGAGACACUCUGACGAAACUGUACCCAGUGACACGACCACAUGACCUGUUACCUCUUAUCAAGGAAAAGAUUUUACAACCUUCUUUUCUUAGCUACAAAGAUCUUCUGUUGCUUAACAUUCAGGAAGUAAUCUCACGGCUUAGUUCUUCCUCCUCCUCUAUCGACCCAUCAUACUUCGGGUCACUAAUGGAGCACCUGCAGUCACCGUCUUGUACCCUUGAGGAUUUCCGCAGAAUCCACAUGUACUUCAUGAGUCCUCAGCUGGAUCCAUCUAUCAAAGAGUUCUGGCGUGUUUGGAGUCACGAGCAGGUUGCAGCCAAAGUUUUCCCAGUGUGCAACGCAAGCAAUCGACUAGGGUCCCUCUUUUAUACGACGUCUCCUGAGGGAGAGAUGUGCGUGUUCAACCAGUCGACGAGCUCCACGAUAGCGCUGUUGGGUCAUGUGACCCACGUUCCCGUCAAAGAGGGCCUUCACAGCGUUAUCAAGUGCCUCAAAAACCAGGACCUGGCCUUCUCGCCACCCUCAUCACCUGAAGACAAGACAGUAAAAUCCAGGGCUUACUGCUCAUGUGCGGUAUGCCGCGGGGAAACCCAUUGUCGGUCAUCUCGACGCCAUGAUAAACUGGCAGUGGCUUCUGUCGAAAAUUUCGGACAGGAGUCUGCAUUCCAUCGACCUGCUACUGUGCCCCCAGGUCAGCGCUACAUGCGAGCUCCUCCACUAUGCUCUUCAGCGAGGUACAGGAUACCUGAGGGGCUACAUACGCCCGUUCCGGUCGUCCUCAAAUACUACACAGCCCCUUCAAGCGUAGUAACACCCGCAGCCCCUAUGUGCUACCGAUGGAAGAUGUUUGCAGACACCUCGUCUGCAAUAUGACGUGCUCGGGUUUCGAACAUACAUCUUCCUACAGACUGCUGAUCCUGCAGGUUUGUGUUUGAUAUUGACGGAGGACGAUCUCGGUCAACAUAUCGACAAGCUACAGUGGAUUUAUAAAGCACUUCUGCAUAAAUCCUCACUUCCAACAACCUAUAAUAUUUCUAAAUGUAAUUAAUGUAAUGACGUCCACGUAAGAACUUACACGUGGGUGGAAUCUUGAGAUUACACACGUACACAAAGAAGGUUCGAAAUUAUAUUGAACUGAUAUCUCGAAGUUUCUAUUAUGUACCGUUAAAACCUUAUUCAAGUGAAUAUGAAUAAGAAAUUCCUUUAUCUUACAUGAAACAUUAAAACAGUUGACAAAUGCUACCUGUAAAAGGAUUUUAUUCUUAUGUUAUUGUUUGAUUUGUAAGUGGCGUAAGCCUGAUCCUUUACGACACUAAAUGUUGUCUUUUAAUACAACAUGUGAGAGAAAAUGAGUGAGGUUUAGAGUAAACUUCCAGCCAGAUUGAUAAAUCGUAGGCCUACUCAAUAUCUUUUCGAAAGGUGUAAAAAAAUUUGUUUAUGAAAAUUAAUAAAUACCUUUCUAUGUUCCCAGGGAAACACGUUCAAUAUGCACUUCUGUAAAUUAUGAAUCUAGUCACUAUUUAUGUAUCUUAUGUUUUCACACGAACAUCCAGAAAAAAUUUCCGCUCAUUUCUAUCCUGAAGAAGGGUGAUGCACCACCUUUCUUCAAAAUGUCGGAAUUCUUGCCAUUUCGACACGAUGCUAUAUGCCCAAAAGAUUAUGCUAAAUAUAGACCGUAGGAAACACGAGUUUCGUGCUGUUUAAAACUUUCCACAUCUUUAUUAAAACGUUAACAUCUAUAAUGUUUAAAAUAAAUAUUGUAUGGUAAAUUACUUUACUUAGUACACUACUUAGGCUAACGACAUGUGUCAGUUUCUUUACCAACUCGUGGCUACUGAAUUAGGUAUCUAUAUUCGUUCAC